CUGUCCCAAGUGCCUUUCUCCCUCCGGCCCCACCCCAGCCAGCCAGUCCCGGGCUCCAGCUCCAGAGCACACAUGGGCCGCCGCAGGGAACCGGUGGGGACUCAGACCCAGGAGCCCGACAGGGGCCGCGUGCAGGUGCUGAGCAGAUAGCCGGGCACUGUGCCUGGAGGGACAUCAGGCUGCAAGAGCCCUUGCUGUCCCUGCUCCUCCUCACCCCCCACCCUAAGGCCAGAGCCCUGCUGGGCGUAGGUGGACAGCCAGGGUCAAGCCCCUAUCAGGCUAACGCUGACCCCAAGCUGCUCCUUACCUGGACAGGAUGAGAGUCUCAGGUCUGCGCAUCCUGGCCCUCAUCUUCGCCAUGGUCACUAUGUGGAUCUUCAUCCGCAGCUUCGGCAGCUUCAACGUGAAAACCGUCCGCCUGCCGCGCUGGCUGGGUUCAGUCACCAAGCAGACCCCGGUCGUGAAGAACAAAUGUGGCCUCAGCAAGCCCUGCCCAGGCAACUUCUUUGCAUUUAAAAUCUGCAGUGGGGCCGCCAACGUCGUGGGCCCCUCCAUGUGCUUCGAGAACCACAUGAUCAUGAGUCCUGUGAAAAACAACGUGGGCAGAGGCCUGAACAUCGCCCUGGUGAAUGGAAGCACAGGAAUGGUGCACAGACAGAGCUCUUUCGACAUGUACUCUGGAGAUACGAAGUUCCUAGUGAGAUUCCUUAGAGAAAUUCCAGAUGGCACACUGGUGCUGGUGGCCUCCUAUGACGACCCAGGGACCAAAAUGAAUGCUGAAAUCAGGACGCUCCUCUCCAACUUGGGCAGUUCCUAUGCAAAGCAAGUGGGCUUCCGAGACAGCUGGGUCUUCUUAGGGGCCAGAGACCUCAAAAGUAAAAGCCCCUUUGAGCAGUACUUAAAGAACAACCCAGACACAAACAAAUAUGAGGGCUGGCCGGAGCUGCUGGAGCUGGAGGGCUGUGUGCCCCGGAGGGCGUUCUAGGGUGCUGAGGCUCCCCUGGGCUGGGGCCUCAAGAAGCUCGGGCCUGACUUAGGGGUCAGGGCCCGGGUGCUGGAGGCCUGCUGGCAGGAGCUGCCGGGCAGCAGAGCGGGGCGCAGGAACGGCAGUGCCAGCACGGAAGGUGCUGAGAGUGGCCUCCGUGCUCCUGCUCCGCGGCCUCCGCUCUUCGCACACAAAACCCUCCUGUGGGCUGAGGCAGCCUGCCUGGGUGGCCAUCCCCCGAGGGUCCUCAGGGGCUGCUGUCUGUGCAGAGGACAGGACUGCUUCCCCUCGAGAGAGUGCUGACUGCCUCCGGGGGAGGCAUGCACCGCCCCCACACCUGAACACAAUUAGAUUUUAUUUUUGCUGGUUUUGAAUGAA